AAACAUGGGAUGCCCGAGUGUAUUGGAGAAAUGUCUAGCCUUCGGUGGCUCAGAGCAGAUGCUACAGGCCUUGAGGAGCUUCCAAGCAGCAUCUCAUCACUCAGUAAAUUGGAACAUCUUUCAUUGAAGCACAACAACCUGAUUGGCAUUGAUGAUACAGUUACAGAGCUGCCUUGCCUCCGCACAUUGAAUGUGCGGCACAACAAAAUCCAGCAUGACACCAUCAAUGAGGAUCUCUUUCAGUUAUCCGAUUUGACAACGCUGGAUCUCUCUGGCAACAGGCUGAGUGAAGUUCCCUGUGGCCUUGAAAAUGCUAAAAGUCUCUUGGUUCUGAACAUGUCUGACAACCAGUUGGAAGAAAUUCCUUCUCAAAUUUUGGUGAACUGCACGGAUUUGCUGUACCUGAACCUAGCUGACAACAAACUUGCUACAUUUCCCCCUCAAGUUCGAAGAUUAGUUCAUCUGAAGACAUUAAUUCUGAACAACAACUGUCUCACUCACUUCCAGUUUAGGCAACUACCAUCUUUGGUCUCCCUGGAAACCCUGCACAUGUCCAACACGCAGCGCAGUCCUGGUAACCUGCCAGCUACGUUGGAAGCGCUCGUAAAUCUUGCUGACGUUGACUUGUCCUUCAAUAACCUGAGCAAAGUACCUCAAUGUCUCUACACGCUCAGGGGCUUGAGGAGGCUCAACCUCUCUGAUAACAACAUCACGGAACUCGCUCCUGAGAUGGAAACUUGGAGCAAACUGGAGGUGCUGAACAUAUGUCGCAACAAAGUGUCCGCUCUGCCAUCUCAGCUGUGCAGACUUGAGCAGAUCAAGCGCCUAAUGCUGAAUGAAAAUCAACUGUCGUUUGAAGGACUACCUUCCGGGAUCGGCAAGCUUGGUCGCCUUGAAGUGUUCUCUGCUGCGCACAAUAAACUGGAAAUGAUUCCUGAGGGACUUUGCAGGUGCCCCAACUUGAAGCGCCUGCAUUUGAACUCGAACUGCCUUGUGACGCUGCCUGAAGCUAUCCAUUUCAUCACGGAGUCACUGGACGAACUUUUGCUCGACAACAACCCUGACAUGGUGUGGCCACCCAAGCCCCGAGGCCUGGCUAAGGGAUCCGGCGCCCAGUUCUACAACAUUGACUUUUCCCUGCAGGCUCAGCUCAGCAAAGCUGGAGCUCAGAAUGCUGCUUCCCUAGCCGCCAAUUCACCAAAUUCUGGCUUGCCCAAAGACCCGAUCGCUCGCAAGAAGCGCCUUCGUCAGUUCAGGAAAGACCAACAGGAUGAUAAACAGGAAAAAAUUCUUAAGGGAAUGAAAGACAUUGCCAAGGAUGAAGAAAAACAAAAGCAAAAGGAGAAAAUGACUGAAGAGAGAAGCAGCCAAGUAUUGAGGCAGAAACGCUGGGACGAGGCUUUGGAGAGACCUGCUCUGAACUAUCACGAGUUUUUUGACGAAGACGUUGGUCAAAUUCCUGGCUUGACAGUGUGGGAAAUUGAGAAUUUCCUUCCCAACCAAAUGGAAGAAGCGACUCAUGGCCAGUUCUAUGAGGCUGAUUGCUACAUUGUGCUUAAAACAGAGCUCGAUGACACGUCCAGUCUGGUGUGGCAGAUCUACUUCUGGAUUGGAGAGAAAACUACGCUGGACAAAAAAGCGUGUGCCGCGAUUCACGCCGUCAACCUGCGUAACUACCUUGGAGCUGAAGGCCGCACACACAGAGAAGAGCAGGGCGACGAGAGCAAGGAGUUCCUCGACAUUUUCCAGCAUCAAAUCACGUAUAUUGAAGGAGGCAGGACGGCGUCAGGCUUCUUCACUGUCGAAGAAGUGGACUAUCCGGUGAGAAUGUACUGCAUUCAUCCUAACAGUCAGUGCGUUCAUUUCGAGACUGUGGCACUUGACAUUUCAUCAUUGGAUCCUCGUCACGUAUUUCUUUUGGACGAUGGCAAGGAACUUUACGUGUGGCAGGGCGAGAAAGUGAAGAAAACACUCGUGACUAAAACGCGUCUUGCCGCCGAAAAGAUCAACAAAGAUGAACGCAAAAACGAGGCUGAGAUUCACAUGUUAGUGCAAGGCAAGGAAAGCAAUAAAUGGGGUGACUUCUGGGCUAUUCUUGGCAUUGACCAUGAAGAUGAGACCACUCCUGAGGGCUUUGAGAUUGUGGAACACAUUGAAAACACAGAGCCAUUACUGCCUCGUUUGUAUCAGGUGGGACUGGGCAUGGGCUACCUCGAACUUCCCCAAGUGGAAGUACCUGAAAAGAAGCUCGUCAAGAAGCUCCUCGUCACCAAAAACGUUUUUAUUUUAGACUGCUACUGCGAUGUCUUCGUUUGGAUUGGACGCAAGUCAACGCGUUUGGUUCGGGCGGCGGCAUUGAAACUGUCGCAGGAGCUCCUGAAAAUGAUUCAACGGCCGAGCCAUGCGGCCACCACUCUCAUCAAAGAAGGAAAUGAGUCUAUGGUUUUCAAAAGUAAAUUUACUGCAUGGAAUGAUGUCAUUGACGUAGAUUUCACUCGAACAGCUGACUCUGUACGAAAGACAGGUGCCAAUCUAAAAGACUGGGCCUCCAAGCAAGAGACCAAGACUGACUUGAGCGCACUCUUUACUCCGCGACAGCAGCCCAUAUCUCUCGAAGAGGCUGUGCAAUGCAUGGAAGACUGGAAUGACGACUUGGACUCGAUGGAUGCUUUUGUUUUGGAAGGGAAAAAGUUUGUCAAACUGCCUGAAAAUGAGCUUGGACAUUUCAGGUCUGGUGAAUGCUACGUCUUCCUGUGUAGAUAUUGGGUCCCUGCUGACCAACCAGAAGAAAACAAUACUGAUUCUGAGUCUGGCAGUAAAAAGGAACAGCCAGAAGAACCAGAGGACGAUUUCCAAUGCAUUGUGUAUUUUUGGCAAGGACGAGAUGCCUCUAAUAUGGGUUGGCUGACAUUCACAUUUAGCCUGCAAAAGAAAUUUGAAAUGCUUUUCGGAGAUAAACUAGAAGUUGUUCGCAUGCAGCAGCAACAGGAAGCUGUGAAAUUCAUGGCGCAUUUUAAACGAAAAUUCGUAAUUCAUACCGGAAAUCGUAGACGAUCUUCCCCCUUGAAACCUGUUAAAAAACGCCAGCCGACAACUGAAGGCGAUGCGGAUGAAAACACUGAAGCUGUUGAACCCGUUGAAGAUGCUGAGACUAAACCUACAACCCCUCCUCCUCAACCAAAACCAGAACUGUUCCACAUGCGUUCCAACGGUUCACCGCUCUUCACCCGCUGUAUCCAAAUCAAAGUUGAUGCUUCCCUGUUGAAUUCCUAUUUCUGUUACAUACUCAAAGUGCCAUUUGGAGGAGAAGGAGAUAGUGGCAUCGUAUACGUCUGGCUCGGGGAGAAGAGUGAUCCCGAGGAAGCGCGUCUCACUGAAGAAAUCGCCGAUGAAAUGUAUGAUCCCGAGAAGUAUAGCCUACAAGUUGUACGCGAAGGUGAAGAGCCUGAAAACUUCUUCUGGGUGGGAAUUGGAGGAAAAAAGCCUUACGAUACCGAGGCCGACUACAUGCAACACACCAGACUUUUCCGCUGCUCCAACGACAAGGGAUAUUUUGCCGUCUCUGAGAAAUGUUCUGACUUCUGCCAGGAUGAUCUUGCUGACGAUGACUCGAUGAUUUUGGACGACGGGGUGCAUGUUUUCUUGUGGCUUGGUUCAAAAGCAUCAGACGUCGAGAUCAAACUUGCUCUCAAGAGCGCACAGGUGUAUGUACAAAACCUGCGCGUGAAGGAGGAGUCGCAACCUCGCAAGCUGCUCUGCACUUUCAAAGGAAAGGAAAGCAAGAAAUUCACACGCUGCUUCCAUGGCUGGAGCCAUUUCCGUACGCAUGCUGGCUCAUGAGCGUCUACCCGAUGACGCUGUGAAACAGCAUACCUUCUUAUUUUCUUGCUUAGACCAUCUUCGUCCAUUUUUUUCGGCCAAGAUUUCUGUCAUAAACGACGCUGAGAACUCUAGUCUCGUGGAGUUGACCUUAGAUAUUAGUGUUAGUUGUUAACAGGUUAUGCUGGAUUUGUUUUGAACAAAACAUUAAGGUAGAAUUAUUUUUGUGGUUACAGUACUUGACUGUAAGUCAAUUUUUGAUCAUCAAUUUUCAUGUUAUACAUACCCUACAAGCUCUUUCGUUGAAAAAAAAAUAAAAUUUUGACGACACCACUCAUAUUAUAUGGGUUUUCAUGAUAAAUCUUUGAGUUCAAGUUUCUUGAGACUUUUUCUCGUCUAAUUUUUUUUAUUCAUAUUCCCGCGUAUUAAUUCUUGUACAAGUUAGGAUAAGUACAGUAAAAUGUCGGUGAAAUUUGUCAUCUAGUUUGGUGACAAACCUCCCUAUUUAUCUACAAUUUUUGUGAUUUUAAAUCGAGCAAUGGUGUUUGAACUUCUCAUAAUUAACGUUUUGAAUGAUUGGUUUUGCUUUUGACUUACACUGCUUACUUAUUUGCGUUGAGCUUCAGCCUGCUUGUUCCUGAGAAUUUUUUUGUUCUCUUGAUUGAAUCGAUCAAAAAUAAUUUAUUCUUCAGCUAGAAUGCAUGCAAGCACUGUCAUCGCCCUGAACAUUUCUCUAACUUUUAAGCUGUAUCUUCAGACUGCUUGCAAUGGUAUUGAACAGAGGAAUGUCAUUUCAGUUUUUUCUUUAAAUUCGCGUUAAUGUUUUUGUGAAAAAUUUCGUUCCAGUAAGUUAGAUUUCUUGCCUUUCGUGUAACAUUGCAUUUAGGAUAUAUUUAAGAACAAUUAUUAACACGGACGAUGCAGUUUUAUCAGGUGCCUGUAAUCUUUUCCUCCGUAUUCAACUAUGUGCAAUAAAAUAUAAUGUUGUUACAUGA